AUUAAAAAAAAGCGCACUCCGAUACUCCAACCCUUCCUUUCACGCCUCCGCACGGUUUAUUUUACUUCUAAAUAAAUCAAACAAAACCAAAAAGGUAGGUCCCCCACCCAACCCCGACAGUUCCACAAAAGGACCUUCGUCCGCACAACGCCGUUUUCUGCCCAGUUGCAUACUGUGUACCCCAAAUGGCUUCUGAACCCAAAUCCCCUCAAACCCUAACCCUAAUUUCCCUCUAAAACCCCGGAUCGUUUGCUACCGAAAUUCAAUCCAAUCCAAUGGAAAACUACGCCUACUCGUCCUAUCCGGAUUCCGGAGACUCCUCCCCUCUCUCUCGAGAAAUCGAGUGCGAAAACCCGUCGUGGGACGAGCCGCCGCAACAGGCUUCUUCUUUAAACUACAAAGUGAAAUUCAUGUGCAGUUACGGCGGGAAAAUCCAGCCCCGGCCGCACGAUAACCAGCUCGCUUACGUUGGCGGCGAGACCAAGAUUCUAUCCGUCGAUCGCACCGUCAAAUUCUCCGCCAUCAAGACCAAGCUCUCGUCUCUAAUACCUGAUGUCGAUGCUGUUUGCUUCAAGUACCAGCUUCCCGGUGAAGAUCUCGAUGCUUUGAUCUCCGUCACCAACGAUGAGGAUCUCGAGCACAUGAUGUCGGAGUACGACCGCUUGUACCGCGCCUCUGCUAAGCCCGCCAGGCUCAGGUUGUUUCUCUUUCCUUUGUUAAACUCUCCUGAUACUGCUCCGGCGCCGGCGAGCUUCGGCUCUUCGCAGCAGCAGCAGCAGCAGAAAUCGGAGCGCCAGUGGUUCGUCGACGCUUUGAAUUCCGUGCAGAUCGACGGUUCCUCGCCGCCGGCUAAUCCGGAUUUUCUCUUUGGAUUGGACAAGGGGUUCCCCACGACCAAGUUGCCGGACUCGGCUCCCCCGCCAACAGUUUCGGACGCUGCGACGAAGGACGUAUCGUUCGGCUCCGAUUGCGGAUCGGAGGAUCGGCACCUGGUCGGUGAACCGGUUAUCUCUCCGACGGAGAUCCAGAGGCAGAUCCAUGAACUGCAGAGACUGCAUCUUGCUGCUAACCAGGAGCACACCGUGUUCCAUAGAAAAAGCGACGAGGGAAACCAUAGGGCCUACGCUGCCGGAGACUACUACUUACAGAAAGUUCCAGAGAAAAUCACGCCGGCGCCGGUCCCCGCGACACAGAUACCGGUGCCGGUACCAGUGAAUAUGCCGGCGAAUUACUUUCCGGAGAGGCACAUGACCACCGGAGGAGGCUAUCACGUUACCGGAACAGACCAUCACCAGCCGGUGUAUCUGAUUCCCACACCAACUGGAGUCUAUCAAGCCGUACGACCGAUGGCCGGGCCAGCCGGGCCAGUCGGUCAGGCAUACUACGGGGUUCAGAGGAUGGUACCGGAUGGGUACCGGGAACAGCCGGUAUACAAUGCGGUGCCUCAGCAGCAACAGCCAAAGGUGGUUGGGGGAGCUUAUAGUACCGAGGGGAAUAUUCAGGUGGUGCAGCAGGCAACCGAGCCCGGGUACACCCAGGUCUAUUACACGACGCAGGGAGGGGUUAUGUCGGGCUAUCAGACGGUGGCGGUUGAUGCUAGACAAGGUGGCGGCGGUUUGAAUCAGGAGGGUAAGGCUCUUGCCAAGGCCUCUCCUGUGUGAAGUGUGUUUUGGUUAAUAAUUUUUACUUUUUAUUAUUAUUAUUAUUAUUAUUGUUGUGGUUAUUGUUGUUAUUAUUAUAUUUCAUAAGUGGAGAUUGAUUAAAUAAAAGGAAUGAAGGAUUUAUAUAAGUUUUGGUGAAUUUUUUUGCUUUCUUUGUGGGGACCAACUUUUUGGCGGUGUGGGUUUUGUGUGGUUUAAGAGUGUAAAUUUUGUGAUGCUUUUUACAAUAUUAUUUU